AUGGCAUGUCCUCCCAUUUACAAGACAGAUCAGGCCAAACUAGAGGCAUCUCGUGAAAGACGCCGGCAUCACUAUGCAAAAAACAGGGACAGUAUACUUCAAAGGCAGCGAGAGCUUCGCAUCAGCAAGCCAUCACAGGAGAUAUUGGAACUUCAAAAAGCUCUUGCCGAGGCCUUGGAUUAUGAAGAAGAUGCUACUACAUCCGAGACGGAGGCAGACGAUGAUGAGAACGAGAAUGACCAACUAUUUGAUCUCCAAGUGUCCCUCAUUGCUAUCAAAAACAUCAAGGAUGAGAUGCUGGCAUUAGUCCCAGAACCCUGCGCAUUUAUGGAGGGUGUCGUCCUUCAAUAUGUCAAAAGCCUUCCGGAUGAUGGGAAUGGCAAGGGUGACACCUCAAUUGUCGACAGUCCAAAACUUAAGGUUGAAGUCUUACUCCGCCAUGCAAUUCCUGCGCAGGACCAGAUCAUGAAUUUCUAUGGAGUGUCAGCUCAGUCUCGCGCCGCUGAAUCAGUCUCGCGUUACUUAAACACUGUGCUUGGUUAUCUGGAGGACAUUCAGUAUUUUUUGAACAUUGAAGGGGUUUCCAAGUUGACAAUUGCCCACUCAAUGGGAGAGUUGAUGUACCAGAAGGGCAUCCAUAUCUAA